AUGUCUGACCUCAAUGAAAAAUAUCCCGGCUACGAAGAACUUACGUCUUAUUUGUCGCGAGAUAAAAAUUCUUUUUGGGGCUUUCUAUAUAGUCAUCGAGACGCGCUUGUUGUGAUUGCUGCCACUUCUUCAACUACUCCUCGCUGGCGGGAUCUUGAUAACGCCUGGGCCACUAAUUUCAUAGAAGAGGCGAGAAAGUUUGGAAAAGAUUUAAAUGAUAAG